CUUGGAAGAGUUUUGCUGACGUUUAACAGGAGUUCGUCGCGGAACACUAGCCGUUGUGGAUUACUGAAAUAUCGCUCAACUCUUCGCGGGCGACCUUUGGCAUCCAUCUCUAAGGGGGAACUUCAAGGAGAUACAGUGUUCCGCAGAGGCCUGAUUCCUGAAGCUAUUUGCCGACAUGGGAAGUAAAGCCUUGCCCGCGCCAAUUCCACUGCACCCAUCUCUGCAGCUGACCAAUUACUCCUUCCUCCAAGCUGUCAAUACUUUCCCUGCGGCCGUCGAUCACCUGCAAGGAUUGUACGGUCUCAGCGCGGUGCAAACCAUGCACAUGAACCAUUGGACUCUGGGCUACCCGCACAUGCAAGGACUGAGGUCAACGAUCACCGAAAUGGCAGCAGCCCAAGGUUUAGUAGACCCGAGAUUUCCCUUCCCAGCCUUACCGUUCGCUGCGCACCUUUUCCACCCGAAGCAAGGCGCCAUAACCCACGUUAUCCCGGCUCUGCAUAAGGACAGGCCUCGGUUUGAUUUUGCCAACCUUGCCAUUGCUGCCACCCAAGAGGACCCGCCUAAAUCGGGGGAUCUUUCCAAGCUGACGGCGGGCCUCGGGGGCACAAUCUCCGAGCUGAGCAAACUAUCCCCGGAUAGGAAGCCCACGAGAGGACGGCUCCCGUCGAAGACUAAAAAGGAAUUUAUUUGCAAGUUUUGUGGCCGGCAUUUCACCAAGUCGUACAAUCUCCUCAUCCACGAAAGAACCCACACAGACGAAAGGCCCUAUACUUGUGAUAUCUGUCACAAGGCCUUUAGAAGGCAGGACCAUCUGCGAGACCACAGAUACAUCCAUUCCAAAGAGAAGCCAUUCAAAUGUCAAGAAUGUGGGAAGGGGUUUUGUCAAUCUCGAACUUUAGCAGUGCACAAAACAUUACAUAUGCAGGAAUCACCUCACAAAUGCCCCACAUGCGGAAGAACCUUUAAUCAAAGAAGUAACCUGAAAACUCACCUUCUCACCCAUACAGACAUCAAGCCCUACAGCUGUGACCGCUGCGGAAAGGUGUUUCGGCGCAACUGUGACUUGCGACGGCACAGUUUGACUCACACACCCGCUCAGGACUACUAGCCAUGAAGGCUGGACAUCUAAAAACUAUUUUAAAAUGGACAAAACAAAAAUAACAACGACAAAAAGCUUUGCAGACAAACCAAAGUGCUAUCUGGACAGCUACAACGUACAAAGGACUGACUAAAAUGACUCAUUUUGCAGAACAA